AUGACUUGGAAGAGAGCAAAAGAUGCUGAGAUGAAGUCUGAUGCCAACGCAAGUUACUUGAGAGCAGCUCGGGCAGGGCACCUGGAAAAGGCCCUUGACUACAUCAAAAAUGGAGUGGACAUCAACAUCUGCAACCAGAACGGGUUGAAUGCACUCCAUCUUGCUUCCAAAGAAGGCCACGUGGACGUGGUCUCUGAGCUGCUACGGAGGGAAGCCAACGUCGAUGCAGCCACAAAGAAAGGAAACACAGCCUUACACAUCGCAUCUCUGGCUGGGCAAGCGGAAGUGGUCAAGGUCUUGGUUACGAAUGGAGCGAAUGUCAAUGCACAAUCUCAGAAUGGCUUCACGCCGUUGUACAUGGCGGCCCAGGAGAACCACCUGGAGGUCGUCAGGUUUCUUCUGGACAAUGGUGCCAGCCAGAGCCUGGCCACAGAGGACGGCUUCACACCAUUGGCUGUAGCUCUGCAACAAGGUCAUGACCAAGUUGUGUCACUCCUGCUGGAAAAUGACACGAAGGGAAAAGUGCGACUCCCAGCCCUCCACAUUGCAGCCCGGAAAGAUGACACGAAGGCGGCGGCUCUGCUCCUGCAAAAUGACAACAACGCUGACGUGGAGUCCAAG